CCCAAAUAAAAUGCCCUGAACCAUGACCCCAGUGACGGCUACGCGGGGGAUAUUGAUUUCUUUUACACAUGCAAAAGCGGGUGCAUUCUGAAACAGAGAUCUGGCCGAUAAGCGCCAUGACUAAUGUGUCAUGCCUGCCAGCAUCCCCAAGCGAAUCUUGUCCCCAAUCAAGGCAAAUUCUGCUAUGCCUGACGCUUCUUCAGCAGCGACGUCCGGGAAGGCGCCGCAGAAGAUUCAACUAGAUGCAAAAGAACCGACAAGGCUGGAACCGGGAACGGCGUCUCUCCGCGCCACGAGCGACGCAUCUGCACGAACCCCCAGCGACCCGUCGAAGCCUCCUGAUCUUCGCCUUGCCACCAAGACUAGUACAAUACAUACUGCUGAGCGAGGUGGCCGUCUAGUGCCUUGCCACUCUAGGAGCCAGUCAUCAAGUAAUGCAGGCACUACGCGCCCUGCUUCAAGCGCGCCUAAACUGGCAACUGCUACGGCAUCUUCGCGCUCGCAGCAGGCCACUUCGAACAGAAGCCCGGGGGACACACGAUUACCGGUCGCAAAGUCGCAUAGUAGAGCCUUGAGUGCGUCGGCCCGCCCUAAACCAAACGCCGACACAGCGGCUGUCCGGGAAGUUGUCCCAAGGGCCACCAGACCGAUUGCCUCUCAUGGACUUUCAGGAGGAAAUGCGUCGUCUUCGUCUGGCAGACCAAUUGUGAAACCGGGCAGGAAACCAGAGUUCAACGUGCACCAACAGCAUUACAGUCCCAAGAAGCAGACGACAAUAUCAACCGCAGUCACCCCGCUUGCGCCCCUGGCUUCCCGCCACGUCGCCGUUCGCUCCGGCUCCGCAGGCCGCGUCAUACCUGGCUCAGGAAUUGCCCAUCUUGAAGAUGAAGUACUCCAAUUGUCUCUUGUACACGAAAAGUCUGCGGUCACUUUCCAGCAUUACGAGGCAUCUAUGAAGUCGCAGCUGAAGACUGGGCUUGAGGGUGUGGAACAUCAGCUAAGCACCCUCAAGUCCCUGCGCCAUGAUCGACAGGCGAACCUCAACGCCUCCGCCGUUGGCAGGUGGCUCGACCAGGAACGAGCCCGUCAAGAUGUGGACCGUGCAGGGUCAGACGCAUUACUUGUGCUGGCGCGUUGCCUGGAAGAGUUGGAAAAGAUCAGCAGCGUACAUGGACCUCUGGAAGCUGCCAUGAAGAUGUUUGACGAAUGGUACGUCUACGCGUCUUCCAGACGCCCGACCUACGCCGGAGAUAAUUUGUUUCGCAAGGGUAAUAGCGAGGAGAAAGCAUGUUUUCUCCACCCAAUGGACCCACAAUGGUCAGCCUUGGUGUCAUCUGUGGACGACCGAGUCAACGCCUGUGCGGCUUUAUUGGCGGGUCUGCAUACGCCGCCCGGGUCCUCGUCAAUGGGACCGUUGAUUGAGAUGCACUGCACCCUUGCUGAGCAGAUACUGCAAGAAAUUUGCAUUUGCAGGUCCAUAGAAGGCCUGAUGCUUCGGGAACAACAAGAGCGGCUCGCAAGAGAAGUCGAACAAGCUCUUUCGGACGCAGAGUUACAUCAUUCCAUAGAAGAGGCUCAUGACACUAGCAGAACGGGCAUAUGGGACCUGAGAGGAAAGGCUCCCUGAGAGCCGCAGUAGAAGCUCAACAGUAGCUGAGCUCGGUGUGUUCCGCUGAAUCUUAACAGACAGUGGAAUAGAUUGGCCCGGACCUCUACCUCUACUUGGAGCUUUGGUAUUGCCACGUCGAACAGCUCGGGAAGAUUCUUGAAAGAAACCUGUCCUUGGAUCCUGUCUUCCUGGCGCAAUCCCUCGAAGGUGGACAUUCCCACAAAGGGAAGAUCCGAUGAGAAGGUGUCUGGCUUGGAUCGAAGAAGCAGAGGGGGAUCUGUCUGGGUGCGGCCAAAGGGUCAUCUCGAAGGUUCAAGCAGGAUGAAUGAUGGAGUAGCAUUCUACAGGAAAGGAUGGUGAAUUAGCCCGAAGCGAAGGCAUAGAGUGGCAGUGAGCUUCGAGA